AUGCCGCACACCAACUCGCAAUACGCGAAAGACCGCAAAGUCUCGCGGCCAGGGAAGAAGCCAGCCUUCCUCAACAAGGCGAAGUUCAAGAAGUCGAAAUCGAGCACGACUGCCUCCCUCUCCUCCGCCAAAUCCGCCGCUGUCGACGCCGCACCGCUCGAUCCUUCGAUCCCAGCGAACCGACAGGAGCAGACGGCGCUCAUUCGGGCUUUCCAUGCAAUCGAGAAGAAGCUGGCGAGCCCGGGAUUGACGGAUCCGGAGGAGCGGAAGAAGCUGCUCGAGGAGCGGGAAAGGCUUGGCGGGUUGAAGACGUAUCAGGAAGCUAGUGUGCAUGGUGGAGACAAGAGUCGAGGCGGCGAGUCGAGCAAAUGGCUCGUCAAACAGAUUAAGGAGCUCAAGAUCGGCCUCGACGUCAACAAGGAGAAGGAGGUCAAGAAGGUCGAGCCCACGAUCCUCGAGGACGGAACAAAGGUCUGGCCGAAGGUCGAGCGAAGAAAGCUGCGACUUCUGGACGUCGGAGCGAUCGCGGGAACUGCCUACGCCGGCUACCCCUGGAUCUCGACCACAUCCAUCGACCUGAACCCCCAAGCGUCGCACGUCCUCAAGUACAACUUCUUCGACUUCCCCGUCCCGCAAGCCGAGGAGGAGAAGUACGAUAUCGUCGCGCUAAGCUUGGUCAUCAACUUCGAGGGGAGCCUGGUAAACCGCGGCCACAUGCUCCUGCACGCCCACGAUUACCUCCUCCCGAACGGCUAUCUCUACAUCGUCCUCCCCCUUCCUUGUCUCACCAAUUCGCGCUACCUCUCGCAUGAGCGCUUCUCCUCGAUUCUCGACUCGACAGGCUGGGACGUCGUCCGGAAACACGAUUCGGCGAAACUGACGUACUGGCUCGUUCGACGGAAGGAAGGUGAGGGAGCGAAGGGAGAUGGAAAGGUUUGGAAGAGGGAGGAGGUGAGGAGCGGGAUUGGCAGGAAUAACUUUGUGAUUGUGGUCAAGCCGGGGACGGAAGUUGAGAGGGUGGUCGCAAGUGCGGAAGAGGCAGACGCCACGGAGGUGGAGAAGCAGGAGUAA